CUGGGACCCUUCGACGCGUUCACUUGUCAUCAUCAUCAUGCCUAAAUCGGUGGUCCGUUUUCUCUGUAUUCUGGCUGUCAUGCCGCAGAUGGAGGCUCGAGCCACUCCGGCUGCGAUUCGAAGCGAGCUCAUUCACCAAGUGAAAGCUUUAGAGAAAAUUUUGCCCGUCAUCGAAGAGACUGAGAAGCUCAAGGGCCUGAUUGAACAACUCGAAUUGGAUACUCCGCCCCAGGACGACCACGACGAUUUGACGGCAUUAUCCCGGGCCAUUAAUGCCCAUCAACAUGGUCAACGUGGCAUCUAUGACCAACUGAUGGACGACUAUGACUUGACCGAAUACCCCUACUCCGACUAUGAUUACCCGCUGGAAGGCCAGGUUCCUGGAGUUCGUUUGGAUCCCCUGGAUCCCCGCCUAGCCAUGUGAGCCUACUCUUCAAGACCGACCCACACCUACUGGAGCUAUGCUGAUCUGGGAAAAUUUGUCACCUGGGACGUGGUCCUUCAAUACAUUUUCAUUGAAUCUGG